AUGAGACGAGAGUUGAAUGGUCGGUCUUGGUUGCAUGCAGUAUGCAUGCGAACGACAAGCUGGUGUGGAGCUCGGGAGCGUAACCACCCACGUGAUGGGAUCACAGGCGAAAGCGAAAAGUAUAAAGGGCUUUUCUUCUGUCGUGGACAAACUUCUUCCUUCUUUUUUACUUUCUGGGAGAAAGACGCUUUGCACCUCUCGAAAACGAAGCAACCGUCGAGGCUUGGACUCGGCAUUCACACAAACACCCACGAUGGGGUUAUCUGUAAAGAUCUCGCUUGGCGACUAGAUCACGGAGAAGUGAUGGUCAGAGAACCUGAUUCCGUCCCUAGGCACGUAGUAGUGCCUUUGACGAUGGGAAAAGCAGAGUGGCUUUGUCAUGGACACAUGGAGAGACGAGAUACGUCUCACUCUACCCCUCACACCUUGGACACAAUGUCCAAGCAGGACUGGCACUGGGGCUGGAAAGCCACAGCAAGACCUUUUCCUUUUCUACCCUUUGUGGUCACGCGGUGCGCCGUGACACGCGUCCUCCGAUUUGUCAUCGACAAUCCCCCCCGCCACGAAAUGGCUCCCAGGUAUGGCCGGAGCAAGAAACGGUACCGUCACGAACCCCAGUGUGGUGAGUUUGUUCUGUACGCAAAGGUCAUCUUUGUGACCUACACACGCAGCCGGAUUCACGGCAAGGAAGACUUUCACGAGUCCCUUAUCGAGUCGGUCGAGAGGAGUUUGGCCAGUGACUGGGCAACCCACAAUGUCUCUGCCAAGGUGUUUGGAAGCAGAGAGUGGCACGAGAAUGGUGUUCCACACUACCAUGUGGCGAUAGAGUUCUCGCAGAAGAUUUACUGGCCGAUGGCCCGCAAGAUGUUGUCGGUUUGGAUCAUCGUGGAUGGUCGUCGCGCGGUGGACACGCAGUCCAUCUUCAUCAAGAAGCCAAAGAUGGGCGAGACAAACGAGAACUUUUUACGUGACGUGCAGGAUUACAUAGCCAAGGAGGGCGAUGUCUUUGGACAACGAAUCCCGGACAAGGAGAGAACGGGCAGCAGGAAGCGGGAUCCGCUACCAAUACUGUAG